AUGCGUACCUCAAUCACCUAUCUCCUCAUAUUUUCAACAUAUUCUCUUUUACCAAUGUCGUUUAUGUUAAUGAUUUUCUCAACAUUCUGCUUGACAUUUAUUGUUGCUUUUCUUGGAGUUUUGACAGAUUAUACAGUAGGAUUGGAUAUUAUAUUGACCCGAAUAAUGAUGGUAAUUUUGGUCAAUGUUGUGGGAAGUUUAGUCUAUUAUCCAACUGAAUUUGUGCAAAGAAAAACUUUUCAUGAGACGAGAAAAUGUGUGCAGUCUCGAAUGCUUCUUGACAAGGAAAUGCAUCGACAAGAGAAGAUUCUGCUGGCAGUUCUCCCAAAAAAUAUUGCGUUUGAAGUGAAAAAAGACAUGCAAGACACUCAUGAAGAACGCAUGUUUCACAAGAUUUACAUCAGGAAAUAUGAGGAUAUUAGCAUUCUGUUCGCUGAUAUCUGUGGAUUCACAAACCUGGCAUCUGAAUACAACCCGAAAGAUCUCGUUCUUAUGCUCAACGAACUAUUCGCCCGUUUCGAUAAAGUUGCCUCAAUCCAUCAAUGCAUGAGAAUCAAAAUCCUCGGAGACUGUUAUUAUUGUGUCUGUGGAGUGCCUGAAUACCAGAAGAAUCACGCAAUCAACACAGUUGAAAUGGGUCGUGAUAUGAUCGAGGCAAUCCGUCUUGUCCGUGAAAUGACACUCGUCAAUGUGAACAUGCGCGUCGGUAUUCAUACUGGAAAAGCCCAUUGUGGAGUAUUGGGAUUGAAAAAGUGGCAGUUUGACGUAUGGAGCAAUGAUGUGACACUGGCAAACCAAAUGGAAAGUGGUGGAUUACCAGGCCGUGUGCACAUCACUGAUGCCACCAAAAAGUAUCUGAAUGGAGCAUACAUUUUGGAGGAAGGAAAUGGAGCGAGUCGUUCGAAGUUCCUUGAAAAAGAGAAAAUCAAGACUUGGCUCGUAGUGGAUCGGAGUCCAGACUACGAUAUGGUUUGUCAGGAAACAACGAACCAUCCACUGACGAUUCCUUGGAAAUCUACAAGAGGAAUUUCUAAGCAAGAGAGACUGACAGGAAUGUCUACACGAGCAAGAGGAGCGAGUACUCGAAAUGGGUUGUCUGAAGAAGAAGUGCUCGUGGAGAAUGUGGAUUCACAUUUAAGACAAGGCAUACAGGCAAUUCAUCAGGAGAAUUGGAAGAGUAUGUACUGUCAGAAUUGGUCAUUGAAAUAUAAACAAGUGAGAGUGGAGAAUAAGUUCGUGAGAAUGAAGUACAAAGAUAUUCCUUUCCAAGUGACUUUGUACGUAGCCAUUGUUGCUAUUUGCAUAGGAAUUAAAUUCGGAUUGAUGAAUCUGAUGAUGUUCUCAUUCAUUCCACAAAUGUUUAUUCUUCUAACAAGUAUCAUGAUCUUCAUUUUGACAAGGAUAUUGAUAAAACACGCUCGACUGGUUAGUAUGGUCUCCGGAGUGCUCUUUAUUUUGCUAUCAAUUCAAAUUGUGGUUUUGAUGGGAAUGUUUCAAACAAACCUGUCUUGCGAUUUGGAAACUUGUUACAAGAACAGUUACACCGAUUUCUUUGAGAUUUUUGAGAUCUGUACACUGGCAACUUGCGUCAUUCUUUCAGUGGAUUUCUUAACAAAAUUACUGAUGUCGCUGAUUUAUUUCUCGUCGUUUAUCGUUUUGGUAACGAUAAAACUGAUUUCAAUUAACAAAUAUGAAACAUUGCUGACAACAUAUGCCAACUUCUGUAUCUUAUCUUGUUUGACACUUCUGCUAGUUGUCUUCAGUACACGAAGGAGUGAACUUAUCUCGAGAUAUGACUUCAUUUGGAAACUUCAGGCACUCGACGAACAGCUCCAAAUGAAAAGGAAGCACGAGCAGAAUCGAAGUGUUCUCGAGAACAUUCUACCAUCACACGUGGCGAAACACUUUGUGGAAGAUGCCACGAGUGUCUCUAAACUUUAUCAUGAAUCUCGUGAUAAUGCUUGUAUCAUGUUUGCAACUCUCACGGCAUUCGACAAGUUUUAUAUUGAAUGUGAUGGAAACAAUGAGGGAGUCGAGUGUCUGAGACUACUCAACGAAAUAAUUUCUGAUUUCGAUCAGAUUCUGGAUAGAGAUGAGUUCAAGAAGAUCGAGAAAAUCAAAACUAUCUCGACGACUUAUAUGGUGGCAAGUGGAUUGGCGGGAGAGGAAUGUGCCGAUAACUCUCACGUCGAGGCGAUUGCUCUAUUUGCCAGAGAGCUGCUGCUGAAACUCGAAUCAAUCAAUAUUCACAGUUUCAACGAUUUCAAUUUGAGAAUUGGAAUAAAUGUUGGACCAGUGGUCGCAGGAGUUAUUGGAAGUGACAAGCCUCAUUAUGAUAUUUGGGGGAAUAGUGUGAAUGUGGCUAGUCGGAUGGAUAGUGGAGGGGUUGCUGGAAGGAUACAGGUAACCGAAGAAGUGAAAUCAAUACUGGAACCACUCGGGUACAAAUUCGAAUGUCGGGGACAGAUUAAUGUAAAAGGAAAAGGAAUGAUGACGACGUUUUUCCUGUUACCAGAUGAGAAUUAUGAGUGUGAACUGUAUAAGUGA